AUGUCAGAGGAAGAAGAUUCUAUUUGGGAUGUUAAAAGAUCUCUAAAAAGGAAAGUGGUGAAACACAGCACUCCAGUGGACUCAGUGUUCUCAAGAAAAAUGCUAUCUCUUUCGGGUCCAAUCAAUCAGUCAAUCAAGGACCAAGAUCUCAGUAAGAGAGCUUAUAUAUCCCCAGUGCCAAAAUCAACUCUAGGAAGGUCAGUAGCUCAACUAUCACUAGCAAGUGUUGAAGCAUACUUCCCUCAUAUGUCUCCAAAAAGGUUUUCAGAAGUAUUUGACUUGCAAGAUUCCAGCAGAGAGAUAAGCCAUAGCUCUCAAGUUGUGUAUUCUAGAAAACGACUUUCCACAGUAUUGGCAUCUGAUGAAUCAAAUGCAGAGGCAAGUGAAAAGGUUGUCUCAAGUGUGGAGACUCAAACUCCCACAAAAGCAUCUGAGAAGUUAGCAGUAACUCCCAAGAGUGGAUCUUCAUGGAUGGUUUCUGGAAUACCAGGAAUAAAAGAUCCUCCAAUGUUGAAAAAGAAGAAAACUGAUACAGCUAUUGUGAGAAAGAAACAAAGAGAAUGGGUGCUUCGCCAACUGAAAAACAUCGAGGAAGCAACAAAACACGAAUUAACAAUUGAAGAAGUUUGA